AUCGUAAAUACCAGUUAGAAAGUGUAAAUAUUAUUGUAUUUUUAUUGACCAUAAAAGAAUCAUAAUUUGAUUGUAAAGAAGACAUGUUAAUUGAUCACGGCAAAUUGUCACUUACGUUUAAGACGCUAGACUUUAGUCCUUCAAUAUCGACCACACGUUUCCGCCACGUGUGUACUAAUGACGCAAUUCUGUUAUCAUCGAUUAGUGUUAGCGAUUUAACAUCUAUUCAUCCGAUUUGAAUAGCCCAUCUUCAAUAUUUAAUCAAAAAAAUUAAUGCUCAAUCAUUAAACAUUGGAUAACUAGUUUUAAGAGUUAUGAUGUAUUCGUUAAUUUGUGAGUAACUAAAAAAGGACAAUGAUACAAUAAUUAUUUUUGGUGAUGUUUAUUGCAAAAAUAAUUUUUCAAAUAUGUCGGUAAGGUCAAAAAAAUCACGAUAAAUUAGUGGAUAUCGGUAAAAAGUUCAGGGAUUUCAAAUAUUUAAAGUUCGCGCGCUCCAAAUAGACUCUUGGCCAUGAGAGGUGUUGCGUAUAAAUCAAGAUGCGACGUAAUACAAUAUUUAAGUUGAUAAUUGCAUUUAGAACACGAGAUAAUAAUUACGUCUACCAAAAUCAGUUGGUAGUUGGGUGUGACAGGACAUGUAUAACAUUUACUCUUAUUGGAAUCCCAUAUUCUUUCCCGCUCGUUUUUCCAGUGACCUUGAAAAUCCCCACUUAGUUAAUUUUAUUAAUUUUCGUGAGUUCUACUAGAAGUGAACGUAUUUUAUUGGAUAGAAAAGCCUUCAAAGAAUUUUCUAACGGUUUAUGCAUCAUUUCUUUAGUGAAGUUCGAUAACAGUUGACUUAACUGUAGUGAAUAUAUUUUCUUCUUACAAAUUUGUUUAGUUAUCCGUGGACGCGUGUGAAGUUUAAGAGAAAAGUUGAAAAAAAAUAUUAUGGCGUCGAUAAUGAGCUGUCAAUUAUUAUUUAAAAAAUCAACAAGUAUUACAAGACUAUUUAGCAUUUCAAAUGGAAUGCCUACAAGUAGUGGAAGUAUAAUUGGACAAUCUCAAGCAGUCGAUGAUCUUGUCGUACCAAAGCAAGAGGUCAUCCGGUUUAUCGGUGACUGCAUGCACAAAGUUGGCGCCACUGCUGAAGAUGCUAACGUGGUGGCACAUCAUUUGAUGACUGCAGAUUACAGAGGCCAUUUCAGCCAUGGGAUGAACCGGCUCCCAAUGUAUGUCAGUGACAUUGAAAAAAAAUUAACAGAUCCUCAUGCAAAACCAGUCAUCAUUACCGAUUUCCAGGCGAUAGCUCUAGUAGAUGGUCAAAAUGGCCUCGGACAAGUUAUUGGUAAAUUUUCUAUGGAAUUAGCCAUCCAAAAAGCACAAAAAUUUGGAAUAGGUAUGGUUUCAACUCGUGGAUCUAAUCAUUAUGGUAUCUGUGGAUAUUAUACGUUCAUGGCAAUGGAAAAAAAUCUUAUUGGAUUCAGCUGUACCAAUUCCAGUCCAUUAAUGGUACCAACACGAGCUACUAAAGCAGCUCUAGGAACUAAUCCACUUUCAAUUGGUAUGAAAACAUCCAAUGAUCAAUUUGUACUUGACAUGGCAACGACUGCCGUUGCAUUAGGAAAAAUUGAAGUAGCUAACAAUAAGGGAAUUGAUAUUCCACGAGGAUGGGGUUUAGGCAAAGAUGGACAAAUAACGACUAAUGCUAAAGAAGCCUUGGAAUCUGCUAAACUCAUGCCACUUGGAGGAGCUGAAGAACAUUCAGGAUUCAAAGGCUAUGGUCUUGGAGUUAUGGUGGAAUUACUGUGUGGUAUUUUGAGUGGCAGUAAUUACGGUCCAAAUAUCAGAAAAUGGAAUGAAAGCAGCGAAACUGCCAAUAUUGGACAUUGUUUUAUGGCUAUUAAUCCACAAGCUUUUGGACCAGGGUCUCAGGAAAGAUUAAGUCAUCUUCUGUGCCAAUUACGGAAUCUUCCAACUGCUGGUAAAGAGAAAGUUAUGGUUGCUGGUGAUUUUGAAAGAGAAUCAAUGAAAAAAGUUGAUACACAAGGUGGACUUGAGUAUCAUCCAAAUCAGAUAAAAAUCUGUAAUAAUCUUGCUGAGCACUUAGGGACACAAAAAUUGAAGUUAGAUAAAAAAAGAAAAGUCUGAAUAAAAUAAUUGAGUAUGUAUUUAGUUUUUUUUUAUUAUAAAAUAUUGUGUGACGCCAUAAAUAAAACGAUCAAUUUAUUUUUCUCUA